GAAAAACACUCAUUAAUAAUCGAAAAAAUGUAACCGCUAGUUUACUUUCGAACAUUAAAAUUCGUGUAUCGCCUGUAACUGCGUGAUAAAAGGAAAUAACAGGAAGAUAUGUGUCUGAUAGGAGGUUAACAUGCUCUGUUUUGACCUAAGGAAGUCUGUCUGUCAUCAUCGCACAUUCGUCCCGCGUUUCAAUCUGAUCGGUGUUUUUAAAUAGAAAAGAGGAGGUAAUAAUGAAAAUAUGUUUGUUCAGUUUUCUCAAGAGAACAGGACUGAUGGGAAACAUGUAAUAAACCUGUACACUGUAGGAUUUAAAUAACUCCAUAAGAUGGCAGUAAUGCAACACUAAGGAUGCAAGCUGCCGUUAAACCCCAAAGAAGAGGAAGAAGUCUCUGAUCGCUCCUUCCAUGCUUCUUCCUCCUUCCUCCUUUGGUCCCUUCUCAUGCCUGUUGGAGGCGGGUUGACGGUAAACACGGUGAGUCUCACAGAAAAGCUGUGAGAGAUGAACAGUGAAAACUUCAGCCUGAGUGAGAAGAUAGUGUCAACCUCUUACAUUCGACAGGGGAGGGAGGCACGUCGUAGCCAUGAGCAGCUCAUCAGACACUUACUGGAGCAGGGUAAGUGUCCAGAGGAAGGAUGGAGUGAGAGCACCAUAGAGCUCUUCCUGAAUGAGCUGGCUGUGAUGGACAGCAAUAACUUCCUCGGCAACUGCGGUGUAGGAGAGAGAGAAGGCCGGGUGGCAUCCAGCCUUGUGGCAAGACGACAUUACAGGUUGAUCCAUGGCAUAGGUCGCUCAGGUGACAUCGCUGCUAUUCAGCCCAAAGCUGCAGGAUCCAGUCUGCUUAACAAGCUGACCAAUUCAGUUGUGUUGGACAUCCUAAAACUCUCAGGUGUCCGGAGUGUGGCGAGCUGCUUUGUAGUUCCCAUGGCAACAGGAAUGAGCUUGACACUGUGCUUCCUGACCCUUCGUCAUCGAAGACCCAAGGCUCGCUACAUCAUUUGGCCUCGCAUCGACCAGAAGUCCUGUUUUAAAGCCAUGAUCACAGCAGGCUUUGAGCCGGUGGUGGUGGAGAAUGUUCUGGAGGGCGAUGAGUUGCGGACAGACUUGGAAGCAGUUGAGCGCAAGAUCAAGGAGCUUGGAGCUGAGAACAUUCUUUGUGUUCAUUCAACAACAUCCUGCUUUGCCCCGCGGGUCCCUGACCGGCUUGAGGAGCUGGCUGCUUUGUGUGCCAAACAUAACAUUCCUCACAUAGUGAACAAUGCAUACGGAGUACAGUCAUCCAAAUGCAUGCACCUUAUACAACAGGGAGCUCGUAUUGGAAGAAUUGAUGCCUUUGUGCAGAGCUUGGACAAGAACUUUAUGGUUCCAGUAGGUGGCGCCAUUAUCGCAGGUUUUGAUGAGUCCUUCAUACAGGAGAUAAGCAAGAUGUACCCAGGUCGAGCGUCGGCCUCACCUUCCCUUGACGUCCUCAUCACCCUUCUCACUCUGGGAGCCAGUGGCUACAAGAAGCUCCUGUCAGACAGGAAGGAAAUAUAUUUGUUCCUGGCUCAGGAGCUGAAGAGUCUAGCCUCUGCACACAGGGAGAGAUUGCUUCACACCCCACAUAAUCCCAUUUCACUGGCCAUGUCUCUGGAUGGUCUCCAGGCCGACAGCGACAAGGCGGUGACUCAGCUGGGCUCCAUGUUGUUCACCCGGCAAGUGUCAGGAGCCAGGGUAAUACCGCUGGGCAAGGAGCAGACCAUAAGCGGACACACGUUCCGUGGCUUUAUGUCGCACUCUGAGGCAUACCCCUGUCCUUACCUUAAUGCCGCCUCAGCUGUGGGUAUCACAAGGGAAGAUGUGUUACUGUGCAUCAAAAGGCUUGACAAGUGCCUGAAGACCCUUAAGAAGGAGGUAAAUGCAGCGAUAAAUAGUUCUGCAAUACUUCCAUUGUGCCAAGAGGAAACUUCAACUGAAGAAUGACUGCCUGAGCUGAAAUAAGAGAACUUUGACAAGAGUCAAACAGAGUGAUCUCUACUUAGUUUGAGCUCUAGGCUCUGCUGCUGCCUGCACUUCCUGAUUAGAAGUGAGUUAAUUUAUGUGAAUGUGUGCUAAUUAGUAGAUAUCGUAAGGACACAAGCUAAAUAAAAAUGCUUACAUACAAAUGCUUCUUGGGAGCAUAUGGUUGUUCACCACUGAUCGGAAGUUAGACCAAAGCCUCUGCAAAUAUUUACAUUGUUGUCUGUACAUUGAUUGUUGGAAAUGCUUGACUUUAUUAUAGAUUUUGGAUUCAAAAUAGAUUAUGGAUCAACCAUUUACAAUGGCCUGUGUGCCAUUUCUAGUAGCCAGUCCUACAGUUUGAAAACAAUGCUGUAAACUGUGAUUGCUCCGUUUCUAUGCUAAUGUUAGACAUGCCCAUGGUUGUGCAUACUUCUGUUUUGGGAAUGCAUUUCAACUAAUGGAUAAACAAUAUAGCUUUAUAAUGUAGUAUGUUGUGCCAUCUUCAGCAGUGUGAUGAAAUAUGAUACAAAAGCCAUUGAGCGAUUAUCUCCAUUUGAAGCCAGUGUAUUGGGUUAGCUCAUUUACUUUCAGGCUGUGAAAGUGAUCGCAAGGAGCAGAUAAUCAAUGGAGUACACCAAACAUAGAUUACUCCUGUGUUUAGUAUAGGAAAUGUUGACUGAACCUGUACUGUAUAUAGCAUUAACAAUUUGGAAGAUGGGUAGUUUAACUGUUACGCUGUAUUUUACUAUUACACAGCGUAGGAUGAAUUGAGAUUUCCCUCAGAACUUCACCAAAGAUUUUCCUAAGACUUUCGUCUUUUCCCCUCUGCCCUCUGAGUCAUUAGGAAGCAGAGCAUGUAGUGCCCUGAGGCACGAAAAGAGACUCCUACUAAAGCCUCACUGAAUGAUGAUUAAUGUAUAUUUCGAUACUGCACUGUCCAAGUUCUUCCUGUGCCCUCCCCUUUGUCUGCUGCAGAUUAUCCAGCUUGAUUUCUGUUUUAAAGCUUGGCGCAUGUGAAGUAGAUGCCGCUGAAUGUUCUGUUCAUUCAAAUGCACAUGUAUGGAUCAGAACUGGAGAUACCAACCAGCUUCCAUAGUUGCUGCGUGUUUGAUGGGCUCAGAUGGGCUUGGGUAUAGCAAAGUCAGCACAUGUUGGUUUUUCAACUGCAAUUGGUAAUGCAAUAGCAACACCAGAACCAAUCCACCCAGCAGCCUUUGAAAGUGGACUGGAGGCAGAUAGAUAAUGGUGCUGUAUCAGCACACUUUUACUUACUGUUCCCGGGCUGUACACAACCCUCAACAAAACAUAGUGGAAAAACACUGCGACGGCUCUGGUAUAGUGCAGCACUCUGAAAAGAAGAAGGGGCAUUCACAAAAUGGCUUAUUUUGCAGCGGCAAAUCAGCUUCAGUCAGACAUGAGAAAUAAUCAACUUGAAUUGACUGACUGAUUGUGAAUGUGGAACGGUACAUUUGGUUUCCAUGAAUGAAGCUGGCUGCCUCAGUCAAAAAAUGUUUUGUCUUUCUCUUCUCUCUCCGUUCCCUGUCUGCUCGGUGUCCCCAUCUUUUGCUAAGUUUGCCGAGAUGCUGUGGGGAUUGAGAGAGUCAGACCCACUUUUUUUGUGCUGGCCAGUUUUAAAGGAACCCCCCUCUAUUGAUCAAGUCUGCUGCAGUGUGUAAAUCAGAAAACAGCUGCCACUGAGAAACCCGCACAGGGCAUCACUCUUUUUAUGCAAUCCAGUUAUCAGUGUGGUCUGUGUAUCAGUACCAAGCAUUGCAUUAGGAAAACGGAUCAGGUAAAUCAAACUGUAAAGAUUAUGGGGGAAACAGGGCACAUUAUGACCUAAGUAAGUUAAUAAUCAUUAUUUAAGUGUUUUCUUAAUCUUAAAAUGGUAAAAGACACUUGCAGCCUCAUGUUUCACUUAAACCCUAAUGAAGGUUUACCUUGAUUCCUUCACACCAAAACAGACUGCCUUUAAAGAAUAACACACUCAACACACUCAAUCAUAAGUCUAAGUACCCAAGGGAUGCUGCUGAAUGACAAAUAAACCUUCGCUCCUGGCUCUCAGCAGCUGCCAGGUAGAGUUCAGCGAUGAUGGAGUGCUAGAGUGUCAUAAACAGGGCCACAGAUUAACAGACUUGUUACCAAAGGGACCACAGUUUACCAAACUACCAAAAGGGUAAUUGAUUACCAGACUGGUACCAGUCGGGACAUUGCACCUGGUAUAUAGGACGGACAACUUACUGCUGCCAUCAAGGUAACAACAUUGGCUUUCUCAGUUAAGAAGUGUUAUUCUCCCUCUGGCUUUGCCAGAUUCCUAAAUAUUCAAGAGGAAAGCAGAUUAUGUGAACUGUGGGAUUUGGCAAAAGUUUGUGAUGGCAUGGUCAUGGUUCGUACAUUUUCUUUUGCAUAAUACCUGCUAUGUUGAUCUAAGAAUGUCAAUUUUUCAUGAAAUUGGGGGACCAAGCCCUGAAAUAGUCUGCCUUAUCAUCAAAAACUAUAAUGAUUGAUUAAUUUUGAUGUGUGUUUGACUCAAAAGUCUGGAAAAGAAGGCAACAUGGGGUAUUUUUUUAUUAGUCAUUAGUUUAUAUACUUUUUUCUCUCCACUAUUAUACAUUUUGUCAAUGAUCUAUGAAUUUAGUUGUGGGUAGACAAUGUGUGACGAUUUGAUUGUGGUAAUUACUUAAAUUAGUUUUAAAAAAGUAUUGUUUUAAAAGUGUAUAUGCUGCAUUCUGGAUCUGCAUGGCUUACAAAAAUGUGAUGUGUCUUGCAAGCCCAUGAGGGUUGAGCAUUCAUGGCACGGUUUAAAACGUGUUAAUGCAUUUAAAUGCAACUAUUGAACACAUUGCUUCAGCUAAUGUAUUAUUGUUGUUUGUUUUUUUUUGUUUAUGAGUGAAAGUGAAGGAUGUUUACUUUAAUCUUUCACUUAAGUCCAAAAUCCCACUUCUCGCUGUCUGGUCCCCUAUGCUGAUGCAGGUGUCGCUACAUAUACUGCUGUGUACUGUAGUGUGUAUAUAUAGUGUAUAAUGUGACUGCAUAUGCAUGCAGUCACUUGUAUUUAGUGUAAAAGCCCUCCAGCUGAGCCGAGGCGCUGUCCAUGGUGCUGCAGUUCUGCGCCUCUGAGAGCCUCUGUAUGGAGGAUGGGGAACGGUACAGCUUACUGUAUGUAAAUCUUCCCUUAGUAACAAUAUAUCACUUUCAUGGCGUCUCAGUCAAACGGUUUUUAUAGAGUCCUUCAUAUUCUUUUCAAGAUUCUAAAUGUUUUUAAGAAACCCACAUUGUAAAAAAAAAAAAAAACUGCCAGAAAUAACCGAGAUAGUCUAUGUGUCAACAUAUGUCCAAACUUACAACAACAUGUAGGCCUACAUGUGUAAAUAAAUGACGUCAUUCGAAAUUCA